CAGCGGGGGGCGCGCGCCGCCAUCUGCUUCCGGAGCUUCACGCCGACUUCCGGAAACCGGGCCGGCGUCCCCAUGACAACCGCCGUCGGGGCCUGAGGCCCUUGUCUUAGAGCAAUUAAACGAAAAAACUCUGAUUCUGAGGAACCCGAUGCUUCUCUCUCGGUGCUAGGGAGAGAGCUGGGAGCUGUUUUCUGGGAAACUGUGGAAUGUGCCCCUGGAGGCCCAGGAGGACAGAAGGAAGAUGCUCCAGACCAGUAACUACAGCCUGGUGCUCUCCCUGCAGUUCCUGCUGCUGUCCUACGACCUCUUUGUCAAUUCCUUCUCAGAGCUACUCCGCAUGGCCCCUGUCAUCCAGCUGGUGCUCUUCAUCAUCCAGGACAUUGCAAUCCUCUUCAACAUCAUCAUCAUUUUCCUCAUGUUCUUCAACACCUUCGUCUUCCAGGCUGGCUUGGUCAACCUCUUAUUCCAUAAAUUCAAGGGGACCAUCAUCCUGACAGCUGUGUAUUUCGCCCUCAGCAUCUCCCUUCAUGUCUGGGUCAUGAACUUGCGCUGGAAAAACUCCAACCGCUUUGUCUGGACAGAUGGACUUCAAACACUGUUUGUAUUCCAGAGACUAGCGGCAGUGCUGUACUGCUACUUCUACAAGCGGACAGCUGUGCGGCUGGGCGAUCCUCGCUUCUACCAGGACUCUCUAUGGCUGCGCAAGGAGUUCAUGCAAGUCCGAAGAUGACCUUGUCGCCCUGAUGGACGCCUGCCUUCCUGACAGGAGCCACGUUUGCCGCUCUGCAGAGGCGUGUUUGGGUCUGUGCACCAAGAAGCAGCUGGACUUCCUAGGACAGGCUCCGGCCAGUUGUGUUCAAAUGUCAAGAAGGAAGAUCCUCCCUCUUGCAAAUUUAAGUGUUCCCUGAUCAAGCCUCCAGUAUGUCAUUCCUCCGGCCACCUAUCUCAGGUGUCUCCUGUCCUCCCCUGCGCUCCACCCCUCUGCCUCAGGUUUGUGGCUGCGUCGUUGGGAAGCUUUUGCUUAACCUGGCACUGGAGCAGCUCCCAGCACCCGCUUUCCUUGCACCACACCCUCAUGACUAAAGGGGUAAUCCAGGUGGAUUACCUGAGGGGUAAUUCUGCGGAGGGGUAGUUCUGCGCCCCUGACUGUCCAUCCCUUAGACCUUUAUAUUUUAUACCCAAGGCCCUGUUUUUACAUUUUAUAAAUAGGAAAUAAAUUGAACUUUUUCCCCAUGAAUGGUGGAGUCUCUCUUUAAAUCUCUUCAUAGUUAAGAGGCACUAGAAGUCCUAGCGUCCACGUGACCCUGGCGGGCAGACUGAGCCACAGAGCAGAUACAGAUAUUUACCAAACCCUAUUAUGAGCACAAGAUAUUUUUGUAGAAAUUUAAGGUGCAAUCUAACGCCCUAACCCCACCCCUGAAAUUCCAGACUUCUGUGCCUACUCAUUCAGACU